AUGGUCGCGCCUUCAGCCGAGGAGGCGUCGGAUGCACUUGUGGCGGGUUCUGGCGCCGAGAGGCCUGCGAGCUCCGCGGAAAAGAGACCGGACGGAGAGCCCGCGCGGCACACGCACGAAGAAAACGUGGGCGCGGAUGCCGGCAGCUCCACGAGGGAGGAGGGAAGGCCUCAGACGAAAGGAAGACCUGUGUGCUGUGUGAGAGACGAUACAGGCGCCGGGCAACAAGCGGAGAGCACUUCUGCUGACGACCACCUGACACCUUCCGAUGGAGACUCCGAGCGCCCCUCUGGAGCCGACGCGGAGACAGGGACGAGCGAUCCCGCGAGAACAGAGAAGACCGAUGAGAAAGUAGACAGGGCGACUGCGGGAGAAGGUGCCGGCUUGGAGACCGGAAGGGAAUCUGGCAAGACGAAGCUUCAGACUCGGCAGCAGGACACAGGGCGCAAACCAGGGCACUCUCGACUGCACUUUGAAGAAACGUCUCACACGCACGCUUUAGAGCUGGGGACGGACUGCGUGUGGGACUUUGUGAGCGAGGGGUACGUACACCUCGUGCUGCAGAAGCGCUGCCAGGAGAAGGCGGCGCGGCUGAAGAAGGCGGAGCUCGAGGCGAGCCCAGAGGGACCCGAGGCGGCGGACGGCGGCCAGGAGUCUCUCGUGUGCCGGGCGUGCCAAGAACUGCACAGCGACGGGGUCACAGCCGGCGACGGCGCCGAGAAGCCCCCGCGCCUCGCCGCAGACGCUGAACCGGAGAAACGCACGCGCACAUGCGCACUGUGUGGAGCUGUUGUCGCCCUGAAGGAGAACGGCGACGCGCAGACUGCAGCGGCGACGGAGAACGGACCUCACGCGGGCGAGGGCGCCGGCCGACCGGGCCCUCGGGACAGUGACAUGGGCCUGCCGACGUCGCCGCCGGCUGAGACCCCUUCGCCCCUCUCGCCCGUCUCCUGCAAGAGCGGCCGCGAGUUGGGCUCCUGCAGCGCGACACAUGACCGCGGAAUUCCCGGCGCCAGCUGGAAGAAAGUCAGCGGCUGGGUGCUUGAAUUCAACCAAAUGCUCGCGGCGUCGCUGGACAGCCAGCGAGACUACUACGAGAACCGGCUACACCGCAUGGCGCAGCUGUACGCGCCGCCUCUCGCCGAGUGCCGCGACGCAGUUGUGACGGCGCAGCAGACCGUGGCAGAGCUCCAGGCGCAGGUGUCAAGGGAAGAAGAAGCCCUCGCCGCAAUAGAAGCCGAAGCGAAGGCCCUGGCGCAGGAGGCUGACCGCCUGACGGCGCAGCACACGACGCUCCAGAAGCUGCAUGCACAGCUCGAGGAACAGGCCAGCGAGGCGCGGCAGAGACAAGACGAGGAAAAACGGAAGGUGGCGGAGAGGAUUCAGGAGCGCCUCGCGGAGAUUGAAGACCUUAAACAGCAGAUUCGAGAUGUCUGUUUCCACGUCCAGGCCUCGGCGCAACUCUCAGCUGUGCCCGACGCUAAGGACUCGUACAUGCUUCUCGGUCAGCGCGCGUCAUCUGGCUCUUCACGCGGAGGCCGCGCGCAUGCGCAGAGGGACGCUGCCGGCCCCGGCGGGUCUGGUGGCGGCCCCGGCGGGUCUAGUGGCGGCCCCGGCGGGUCUGGUGGCGGCCCCGGCGGCGGCCGACGAGGCGAGAGACGAAGGGGCGGAGGGAAACGCUGA